CAUCACACCCACCACACAAUGUGGACGCACAAAAGAUGAAAGAAAUUGCUGAUUUAAGAAAAGAACUGAAUCAAGCUUUCGAAAAAGACAUAGAUAUGAAAACAAGUGGUGGAAAAGGUGUUAUUGUGCAACCAGGAUGGACUCAAGACAAAAAUGUAAAAGAUGGUUCCUCAAAAGUUGUAGUUACAAAUAAAAAACUUAAAGACGCAGCUAUUAUUCGAGAUGAGAUCCAGGAUGCAAUCGAAAGCCAUACCUACGUAAAAGGUGAAGAAUUCUCAGAAGCCGAUCGUUAUUUUGGAAUGCGAUUUCGAAGCAAAAAUCUUCUUGCCCACUUGAUUGGUUCUGACAACUCAAACUUUCAAUACGAAGAAGUCGGAGCUGGAAUGGAUGAAGAACUAGACGAAGGAAUGCCAAAUCUUGUAGAAAGUCAUGCUUUCGACGACGUUAAUUUCGAGACCUUGAAACUUUUAAAAACAUCCUCGAGACGAACUAGAGAGGUGUUGGUGCUACAGGAAAUUGUUGAAGACAUAAGUUUUGAUUUGGGUGAAGAUGUUAGAGAAUGGAAACACUUCGAACACGAUGGAAAAGAAUAUUUUAUUGGAUUGCGGGAAUUUGAUCUGUUGGUUGUUGAAAAAAACAACAUGAAAUAUGCAAGCAGCCAUGUUAUUCAUGUGAACGCUCCAAUCUUGUACCUGGAAUCUUUCUGUUUUUGGAAUAAGGAGUCGAAGAGGCAAGAAGGCAUCAUUGUGGCUGCUGUGGGGAACGAUGUGCUAUGGUAUCAGGCCAAUACCGAUGGGCUCUUCUGGAGGUGGUCAACUGGAAUGCCCAUUAAUGGCUUAACAUACUUCAAAGUAGACCAAGAGGAGUAUUUAGCAAUUUCAUCGGAUAUGUCCGCACGAACCGGAUUCUCUUCCCUCAACAUCUACCAGUUCGAUAUACAUUCCAAGGAGUUCUGGAUAGUGCAAAAGUUACAGCUUGAAGAUUCGAUUUCAGAAAGUAUAUUCUUAGAUACAGGAAGGGACGUUGUCCUUGCUGUAGUUCAAAAUAAUUCUGCAGCCAUUUUCACUUUUAAUCCACAUGCCGAACAAAUUGAAAGUCGUGUUAAAUUUGAACUCAAAAGCACCAUAGAUUCAGAAGGAAUCCAAUCAGUUUCGGGAUUCCAGAUGGGGGGCUUAUCUUAUUUGGCUUUAGGUGGUCUAACACCUCAGAUUCUUCAAUAUUCUCGAGGAGAAUUCGUUUCGAAAACGAUUUUUGGACAAAAUUUUGGGCUUGUUGAACUGUUUAUGCCCAUUUCUGCUCGGACAUAUCGAGAUGACCUUAUUUUAUUGGUUCAACAUCGAGUUAAUUUCGAUUCUCACGAUCUUAUUGUCCUAGAGACUCUUAUUUGGAAUGGUGAAGUUUUCGAAGCAACAACCCCAGCACCUUGCGUAAUUGGAAAUCAUACGUUUGCAUUUGGAGUAGGCUGUAUGUUGGAUUUGCAUCGUGAUAGUGGUAUGAAAGGAUCUGCCGUACUCAAACGUAACAAUGACGUCUUUAUCAUUGUCCCAAGACACAAAGCUGAAUCUGGACUGUUUCAGUUAAAAACCGAACUUUUAUCAAAGAACUCCGAACUUGUUGACUUGGGGGAUAUAUUUUCAUUCCUCAAAGAAUGGGUCAAAGAGCAAGAGAACCUUAUUGAAGAAUCACUCCAAUAUUUGGAAGGUUCUAAAGAUUCCAUAGAUUUAAAUAGUGCACCAUUGAACUUAGCCAGUCUUAAGACCCCUGAGCUUGAUUUUAAUGGACCUGUUGGGGAAAUUUUCAUAAACGAGUACCAAUGGACAGACGCAGACAAUGAAGUGAAUUUGGAAGAACUUAUACAGGCAAUUGAAAAUUUGAAUCUGGAAUUAAGUCUUAACGAUGAUACACCCCGAAAUCGAAGACAUUUAACUUACGAAACUCUGGAUUUCGAUAACAUUGAAGCUGAUGAAGUUAAUUUGCAACUUUUGAAUGGAGAACAAUCGUACAUUAAGAAUUCUGAGCUUAUUUUCCCCGGAACUGUAAGCUUCGAAAGCUUAAAUGUCUUGGACGAAAUUCAACUAAGUUCAUCUAGAAUUGCACGAGAAAGCUCAAUCGAAUUGGGAGAAAACUUGAAAUUCGAAACAAUAAAUAAUAUCAAAUGGAGCAGUCUCAUUGAAGACUUGAUAUUUAGGAAUAUUCCAGUGGGAAUUGAUGAUCUCCAGGUGUUAGGUGAGGUUAUUUCUGAAGGCGUUGUAGACGUGCAUAAAAUUGAUGGAAUUAAAUUUCCUGAACAUUAUUUGCUGUCGAGUGGAAGCACACAAGCGACUAUUGUUAAGGGGAAAAAGUAUUUUCUCCAAAAUUUGGUUUCUAACGCUGUUGACACCGGUGGCCCAAUCAAUGGAAUAAAUCCUUUCGAUAUGAUUACGCUGUCUGAAAAUGAAAAUAUUGGUAGACUUACAACUUUUAGAAAUCUAGAAGUUUCAGAGAGAAUGGCGUUUAUUAUCAAUCAAUUUAAUUUAUUUUUGAAUUUUAUCACUUACAUUUUCUUACAGGUCAAUGGUACAGCUCAAGGAAGAGGUCUUACGGAUUUUCUUUCAAAUCCAACUGUAUUAGAAUCUAACGUUAUUAAUUCUGCAUGUAAUUUUUUCCAUCUUGAAAUCAAAGGACCCAUUCACGUUUCGGAGAAAUUCAAUGGAAACGAUUUGGACAUUAUUUUGAAUGACGUCAUUUAUCGACCAACAGCAUUCGGAGAAGAAAUUUUCAUACAGUCUGAAAAGUAUCUCAACUCACCGAAUUUUGUUGAUUCAAGUCUGAAAUUCAAAGAAAAUACUCUAAACGGAAUAAGCUUAGAGACAUUUGUAACCAAGAAUACUCAACAAGAACUUAAUUUAAAACAAAUAAUGGGAAAUGUUUACUUUAAUAGUUUGAUAGUCACUGGGCUAUAUGAUUCUGUAAAUAUUAGUGAACUUAGCAGAAAAAGCUUACUCAUUGAUGAAGAUCGCUCAGUAGAUGCAGACGUUGAAUUGACUGAGAAAAUUUCAGCCCAAUCAGUAAACAUAAUUGAGUCAUUGAAUGGAGAACAGCAAUUCAUUACCUGCAAAGAUGAUGUUGAGCUCGAAGAAGUCGCUUUCAAUACAAUUCAGGCUCAAACUUUAUCUGUUCAAUGCGAUAUCAGAGGAAGUGGCAUCCUUAAUGAAAUGGACUUAAAAUAUUCAGCAAAAAAUAAAAGCACAGUUCUGUUUGUAGAGGAAUUGGUAUUGUCUAAUGGUCUUCAGACUGAAACCGUCCAUAACGUAAAUGCGAAGGCUUUGAUUUCAUUCUUGCACAAAGUUGACAAUAUUCCUGCGAUGAUUCUAGAUGGAAAAAUUCUUGUGGAAAAAAUCCACGUUGAUGGAGAUAUUCAAGUCAACAAACUCAAUUCGUACAAUUUUGACGAAGAUAUUCAAAUGACAGCAAUUUGGCUAAAUCGUCCGAACUUUUUGAGAACCAAACUCGUAUUUCAUGAGCAACUUAAAGUUCAAGAAAAUCUUAUAGUCAAUGGAUCUCUCAAUAAAUUCGACUUCCCUUACCUAAUCGAUGAUAUAAUCUUUAAAUCAGACAGUCCUCAUUUGAUAAAAGGUCCAAAAGAUUUUAUAGCUGAUUUAAAUGUUAUUGGAGAUAUUGCUGUCUCCAGUGUGAACGAACUUGAUUUCACUGAAAUUGCAACCAAACAGACCGUUGAGCUCUUCAAUGGUAUAAUUGAAAUAAACGGCGAUUUGCUGGUUGAAAACCUUGAAACGAACGGUUUCUUAAAUGACUUUCCGGUUGGAAACUUCGCUAAAACAUAUCGCUAUGAUGAAAAUUUAAAUACCAUAGUUUUCGUAGCUGAGGUGACGUUCGAAGACGAAACGGUUCUAGAAAAUUUGUACGUUCUUGGAAAAUUAAAUUCCAUUGGAAAUGUUAAUGAGUUUUUUGAAAAUAUCGUCUACAAAAACAACAUCUGUAUGUUAAAGGGAAAGACAGUGUUCAAAGGUAGAACUAGUAUUGAAAAAGGUGCAUACAUCAAGAAUGUAAAUGGUCACAAUGUUGCUCAUUUGAUGAAGAAUAUAGUUUUUAUUGACGAUCCUGUUCCUAUUGUAAUUUUUGCGCCAGUUUUAUUCAAAGAUGUCGUUCAAGCUAACGAUGUAACAGUUAAGAGAUCAAUAAACACGACUAAUUUAAUGGGAUGUCAAUUGAGUGGCUGGGAGUCAGAUACUCUGAGGACAAAUAAAAUUGCUGAUUUUGGCGGACUCUUAAAAUUUGCUCCAGGUGCUUUAGAUGAUAAUUCACUACAUUCAGUUUCAUUAAAUGGAAUUGAUUUGGAUUUUGUUGUGACUUUGAACACGCCCCAAAAUCUGUCGAGCCAAGUUGUUUUUUCUGACCUACAUUUGGAUGUAUCUAUCAAUACAGGUGGACUUGUGAAUGGGAUUGAUCUUAAACAGGAAAUGAAAAAUACACUUAUGAAAUCUGGCUACCAACAUGUCAAAACUCCACUAACAAUGCAGUCAUGUACUGUUCUCCAAUCGUUCGAAACAAAUGUCAUCAACAACAAUGGAAUUGAUUUGAGGAAUCUAGCCUCCUUGCGUGAAGACUUGUAUAUAAGUUCGCCUCUUUCUUUUUCAAAAUUGAUCACUCGGAACAUAAUCACAGGUGAUCUCAUAUCAAGUAUUGACUUCACUAAAUGGCAGAAAAAAGCCUUGCUAAAAAACGCUCAAUCCGCUACAACGGUCACCGGAAACUGGAAAGUUAACGAACUUAACGUCAAAACUCACUCAAUUACCGGAGAUUCACCGAAAAGUAGAUUGAUGCAGGCAGACUAUGAAAUUCACGAUCAGUACAAUCAAAUAUACGAAUCAUUUGCUGGCCUAUGUCAAAAAAGCCUGAAGUUAGUAGAAGACGCUUCACGAAAAACCUACUUUCUAAAAUAUCUUGACAGGUCGUUUGGCUUAAUAGAAAAUAACACCAUCGAUAAAGUUUUUCUUAUAGCUGAUCAUUCUCAAGAAUAUUUCAUAGUUAACAUUGAUUGUCAAUCAAAAAUAUUCGCAUGGGAUGCUGAAGCCGAUGCUCUUAAGCUUAUAAGUACAUUUGAAUCGGGACUGAUAGAAGACGUUUUCGCAGUUCCAGCUAAAGAUGCAAGCCUUCAUCUUAUAACCAACGUUCAGAGCCGAAAUAUAAACUGUUCUCACCACGGAGGUGUUAGUGCUUGGAGCUUCAAUCGAAAAAAUGUUUCACAUUUGAAGAACUUCACAGAUUUUGAUAUUUCUACUGUACACCAUUCGGCCAAGAACGAAGACAUAUUCUAUGCUAUUGACGAAAAGAAUAAAAAGGUUGUUCAGUUAGCAUCGACUUCAAAUGAAAAGCGUACAUGGAAUCUCCCGCCCAGCGAAAAAGGUCUCUACAGAUUUUUGCCAAACGAUGCAGAUCUGGGAAUUGCGUUAGCCAAUGGGCAACAGAUUUUGCUUUUAAAUCAAUCACCUCGACGAUAUAGAAGAAGACGUCGUCAUAGUCAAAUAGGUCGCCAUCGAAUUAAGUACGAAGUCAAACCACAACCCAAACUUGUCGGAAAUACACUAAGCUUCGCUGAUUUUCAACAGGUUCUCGUAAGAUCCCUGAGGGAUCUCAUCCGUCGUCUAAAUAUUCAGCUCACAGAUGUAAACUAUGCCCUGUCGGAGGGUGAACUCCAAGAUGAACACCUUCGAAAUGACUUCACUGCAAUACUUGAUGAAAUCCAUAAUCAAAAGAUUUUGCCUCCAAAUUCUUUUACAGAAUUCUGUUUCGAGACAAAUGAAUUUUCAUCGAACCUUGUUCAAAUACUUGCAGCUAAGUUAAUCCAAGUAAUUUGGCCGGUGAUAGUUGAGGUUGAUGAAGUGCAUAGUCAUCUUAGAAGCACUGAACACGAUCAUCCUAUUUGUAGCGAUAUCUUCAGCUCGUUGAGUUCGGUUGUAAAUGAUAUUCUGCAAAUAGCAUCCCAAAAGAAUCACACAGAAGCUAGUGAUGAGAAAAACCUUAAAAUAAUCACAGCUAGGAUUCAAGUUUUCCAGAAGAAAAUUCUUCAAAUAGUUGAUAGUUUAGAAGAAUCUUCUUCAGUAACAAGUGGAAAUUCAACAUCAUCACCACAGUCAUCGGGUGAUAUCCCAAUUCAUGUACACCUUCUGGAUUCGAACAAGACAUUAGGCAAUCCUCUUGACGAGCCGUUCAUAGGCCAAGCCAUAACUGGAAGGAAUCUUCUAGCUGCGGAUAGUCCUCAUUUACCAGCGAGAGGGGCUGGAGAAAUUGUGUCAAUUAAGACAGGAAUGUUAGGCAACUACAGAACUCUGAUUGCCGUCACCGAACGCAAGGAACAUGUUAUUGCUGGGGAAACUGAUUCAGUUAAAAUAUUUUUCGAUGUGAUUACGGGAAGUCUUUUUCAGACCUUAUCGGCCUAUAAGCCAAGUUGUUUAACAUCGAAACGUAUCCAGGACGAAAGUUUUUUGGCAUUUGUUGAGGAUAAUCACACAGUUCGUGUUCUCAGUUAUAAGGGAAUACAAGGUUUUGUUGAAUUAGUUAGAUUUAAGGUCAAAAACGAUGUUUUAGGUUUGAAAUUCAUAAGCUUAGGAGAGAAAAGCAGUGAUAAAAUUCCGAAAACGUUUUUGAUGAUGAGCGGAGGUAAUGAAGUGGAGUUCUAUGAGGUUCUUAUGGUAGGGGAUUAUUGGUUUGGGGGUAAAAUAAAUUGUAAUUUGUGGGAAAGUCACUAAAAUUAGGCAAGCAGUUGUAAAUAUUUGUUGAAGAGUGUAAAUAUGUAAAUUUGUAAUUUGUAAAUUUAGGUAUAAUA